AUGUUUGGGUGUGUUUUAGGCGUCGAUGCCGAGACGGCGUACACGAGAAACGACUUCAAGGUGCUAAAGGGAGACCCGAGCCUCAGAAAACAGGUGAAGUUAACGAAGAACAUGCUGGGAUACUGCACGCCCAUCGUUUUGGAGUCGAACGGUUCGUUGUUCACGUCGAAAAAAAUGGAUACCGACAACUUGAACCUGGUGAAGAAGUUUUUGCAAGUUUUCGCUAAAAGGAUCGCUAAGACAGCGCCGGCGCCUAAAUGCCAGACGUGCGAAUGCAACUCGGACGAUAAUGGAAUCAGCCACAUGGACUGUUAUCCUUGUUCGUACCCUACGGCCGCUAACAUCGAAUACGGUUUCAACGAUGAUUUUAUUCCGCCAAAUGUUAUAUCAUACGAUUCUGGAAACGGAUUCUACUACGACGACCACAUUAAUUAA